AUGAAACCAGAACCAUCUGUCUUUAUAAUUGGACCACCAUGCUCCGGGAAAUAUUUAUUAGGGGAAUAUGUUUCUCGAAGGUUGAAUUGCAUACAUAUUUCAAUAAAUGUACUAAGAGAAAUUAUUGAUAACAACGAAGAUGCGAAUAAUAUCGAAAAGGCGCAGAUUUACGCUAAUUUUCUCAAGACUCGGUUAUCCGAAUAUGACUGUGAGAAAAAUGGCUAUGUUCUAACUGGGUACCCUACAACUCUGGCUGAAGGAAAGGCCCUGCAAAGAUCUGGUAUCUUUCCUGAAAGAAUACAUAAAAUACCUUCCUCGGAUUCUGAAGACAGAAUAAGUGGUGAAAAAUCGGAAAAUCCCAAUAAUAUCGAUUCACAAAUAGCCGAUUACCGUCGUCAUUUCAUUGACCUCAGCCGAAUAUAUAAGAACAAAAUUACUCAUAUCCCCGCUGAUCGUUCAUUAAGUGAAGUGUUUCAGCGAGUAAUGUGUUAUUUAUCUCGUCCACUUCAAAAUCCAGCCAUGUGGAUACCUAGAAUUGUCCUACUAGGUUUCUCAGGUUCUGGUCGCAAGACUGUAGCCGAAAAACUGACGAAGAAAUAUAAUCUUGUUACAUUGCAUUGUGGAACACUUAUUCGUAGAGAGAUCGCUAGAGAAACUAAGCUGGGAAUGGAUAUGAAACCCUACGUCGAUUCCCAUUGCGCAGUACCUGACGAAAUGGUGAUUGAUUUACUUAAAAAAUGUUUAUCGGAAGCUGCUUGUGCAAUAAAAGGUUGGAUAUUAGUGGGAUAUCCCAGAACAAAGCUUCAAGCCCAAGCCCUUGAUAUAUCCAGUCUUUCGCCAAAUCGAGUUAUAUUUCUGGAUAUCAAUCGAGCAGAAGCCAAAGAGAGGCUAAAAAGUCGAGAAUUUAGUGAACCACGUGAGGUGCACUACAAUGCUCCGCUAAGUUCAUUGGUGCGGCGACAACCCAACAAAGAGGUUAAUAGGGUCAAUUUCAAAUUAAAUCGAUUUGCAGCGCAUAGAAUUGAGUUGGACGAGUACUAUGGCCAGCGUAUUCUCUUUGUGGAAGCGAACAAAGAUGAGGAAACUGUGUUUGAAAAUGUGGAAUACCUAAUUGUAAAUGAACCACCUCGACAUAUCUUCCCCGUAUGA